AUGCCGAUCGUCGAGGACGAGGAACGUUUCUCGGUGGUGACGACGCGUCGUCGGUCUCUUUUCGUCGGGGCGACUGCGAGGACGAAUGUGAAAGAGCAACAACGCGGGAAGAAGAGAACGCGCGAAAUAGCGAAGAGCAGUAGGAGUCGCGGGGGAGGCGAAUGGUAUCGGGGGAGUAGAUACGCUGGAAAGUACCGAUGGAGAACCAGCAACGGCGGUGGUGGUGGCGAUGGUGACGGUGGUGGUGGUAGCAGUAGCAAUGGUGGUGGCGGCGACGACGACGGCGGCGACGAAGGUGACGGCAAGCGGUGGUGGUGGUUCGACGGACGGUGGCGGAGGUGGAGAAAAGGUGGUAGUAGUGGUAGAGGCAAGGGUGGCGAAUGCAACUGGUGCUCGUGA